AUGAAGAACCACAAGACAACUGAUGGUAUCGCCUUAGCGAAGAAGCAGAAACAUUUCAAGAAAUCGACAUAUGCUAAGCAACUUAACGUGGACUCUAGACCAACAACAAUGCGCAGUAGACAAUUUAAAACUGAACGCACGAAACAUCAAGACACAGAUCACAUAAACGGAACAAGCAUGAAGAAACAUAGAGAACAAAAUAGACACUCAAACUAUGAAAGAAACAACUCUUACAUUCUUGAAGACUCUCAUAAUAUCAAACAAAGUAAAUUGAAAAAUAGGCCCAACCCUAACAUAGAAAGAGGAUUGAAGGAACCUACAAAUUAUAAUGCAAUGUUUAAGAAAACUGGGUCAUAUUAUAGCAAACAAGCCAAAAAUCAGAUUUCAAAUAAAAAUCUCAUUGAAAUAGUAAAUGAGUUUAAACUGCCCAAAGAUAUGAGGCUGGAUAGAUUUAGAAUUAUGCUACAUGAUUUUGAAAUGUUUCAUACACAGAGUUUAUUGAAAGUGGAUGUCAUGACUAUGAAAACCCCAAUCUUUUUGAGUAAUUACAAGACUCCUUGUUGGCUAGCACCGUUGACAGAACAUGAUGUUAUUCCCAACCGACAACUCAAAUGGGCAAGCAGGAUGAGAGAUAUGAUCAAACACAUGACACCAUUAUGGAUUGAGCGACUACGACGACGUGUUAACUACAAGAUCAAAUGCCUGCCAUAUGUCUACUUGAUUGGGUUUCCAAAGUGCGGUACUACUGAUAUGAUUCAUCGCCUGCACAGACACCCGGAUGUGGCUAUGUCGAAGAAGGAGUUCCAUUGGUGGACAAAGAUGCGUGCUCCAAAGGCAAAAGGCAAUACGUCUCUUUGUCAUUACACAGAUCUGUUCAACGAAGCUGCAGAAAUUGUUAAAGAAAGUACCUAUAUUGGUACACAGGGGCCAAAUGCAAAUUAUUUCCAUAAGAAGAUUAUAAUUGAUGGCAGCCCUAGCACCGUGUUUAAUUGCUCUCUAGAAGACUUUGACGAAGGUGGACCAAUGAGAAUCAUAGCUGACGACAUACGUCACGUUCAGGGCAACAAGUCUAAGUUUAUUGUAAUGCUACGUGAUCCAGUGGAGAGACUCUACUCAGAGUUCAUAUUCUUCCGUAAAUCUCAUCCAGAUGAAGAGGUAAACCCAAAUAUAUUUGAUGAGAUGGCCAGAAAGGGAAUUCGGCUCUUCAACGAUUGCUUAGAGUCACACUCCUUACGUAUGUGUGUUUAUAAAUCAGAUCUCCAAUUAGAACAUUCGUUCAGACUAGUUCUGGGUAUCUACCACAUUUAUUUGCGUGACUGGAUUAAAGUCGUUGGUGACGAUCUAUUGCCAGUUGUGCUAGAAGAAUUCGUUGAAGAUAAAACAAAAACAAUGACGGCCAUAUUCGACCAUUUGAACAUAGAACGACUUCACCCUUUGCAUAUGGAUGGGCUCGGUUUGUUGUCAAAAGAAGGUGUAAAUGGAGUGAAGCAGAAAUAUGAGAAAUAUGGCGAAAUGCUACCAGAAACCAGGACUCUAUUGGAAGGUUUCUAUGCAGAGUAUAACAAGGAACUAGAAAAGACUCUUGGCAGAAAACUGAUACAUUGGGAAUACAAAACUACAUAG